GGACAAGUGGUAGAAACAGAAGCAAUUGGUAAAUCUAUGUAUGCAGAUUGAAACCGCGUCAUCUUUCCAUGUAUUUUUAUGUCUCUCACUCUCACUUUGAUAGUUUCUCUUGUAUUCCUGGGACCUCAACGCACUCACCUUGCUACUACUUUAUUCUUUUCACUUCAUUCUUCUACGCGUUCGAAUAUGUUCUUCACUUAAACUUUCCACUUUUCAACGCCCUCCACUCCCUUCUUAAGAACUUCUACUCACAAACACGAAUAUGGUUGAGCUCUUCUUCUCAUUUGAAUUUGACUUAAAGCUAAGAUGAUCCUUGUCAAUAUAUAGACAACCACCUACUCCCAACUUCAAACUCCUGUUAUUACCUUACCUACUACCUCUUUUCCUUUCCUUUUACUUUGUUCUUUUCUUUCUUGUAUUGACUUUUGAAACCUCAUACUCCCAAUGGAACGUGCGGUUCUUGAUGGUAUCAUCAAUAGGCUGCUCGAAGUCAGAAACAGGCCCGGCAAACAGGUCCAACUUUCUGAGCCUGAAAUCAAGCAGCUUUGUCUUGUCUCCAGGGAUAUCUUCUCCAACCAGCCCAACCUCUUGGAACUCGAGGCACCCCUCAAGAUCUGUGGAGAUAUCCAUGGUCAAUAUUCUGACCUUCUGCGACUUUUUGACUACGGUGGAUUGCCUCCUCGUUCUAAUUACUUAUUUUUAGGGGACUAUGUUGAUCGUGGGAAGCAAAGCUUGGAGACUAUAUGUCUCCUUCUGGCUUAUAAAAUAAAAUAUCCUAAUAACUUCUUUCUUCUGAGGGGCAACCAUGAAUGUGCUUCUAUAAACCGAAUCUAUGGAUUUUAUGAUGAGUGUAAACGAAGAUUCAAUGUGAGGCUUUGGAAAGUGUUCACAGAAUGUUUCAACUGCUUGCCGGUAGCAGCUCUGAUUGAUGAAAAAAUACUCUGCAUGCAUGGUGGACUCUCUCCUGACUUACACAAUUUCAAUCAGAUAAAGAAUUUGCCGCGUCCUACUGAAGUACCUGAAACUGGUCUACUAUGUGACCUCCUUUGGUCUGAUCCUAGCAGUGACAUUCGGGGUUGGGGAGAAAACGAACGUGGAGUUUCCUAUACUUUUGGUGUUGACAGGGUCACCGAAUUCCUUCAGAAGCAUGAUCUUGAUUUGAUUUGCAGGGCCCAUCAGGUUGUGGAAGACGGAUAUGAAUUCUUUGCUGACAGACAACUUGUGACUAUCUUCUCGGCUCCUAAUUACUGUGGAGAGUUUGACAAUGCUGGUGCAAUGAUGACCGUUGAUGAGUCACUCGUUUGCUCUUUUCAAAUAUUGAAGCCUGUAGAAAAAAAGCCUAAUAAGUUUCGCUUUGGGAGCACAACUACAGUUAAACCUACUACUCCAACAAAAGCUAAGCAAUCAUUUUUUGGUGCUAAAGCUUGACCUGAUGAAGGUGACUAGAAUUAGUAAAUGAUUGGUACAUGAGAAGAAUUUAAUGUGAGGAAGAAAACAACCAUCAAUAUAUCCCAAACGAGACAUGAAGAACACUCAUUAGGGAUAGCUGAAUGCUUCUUUCUUUUGCUGGCACACAGUUGCCCCUUGUACAAUAUUGUCAAAUUUUCUUCUCCUUCAGCCCUUCCACAUACAUACCUUUGAAUGUCAUUCGGAAGUUAUUUCACCAUUGUGGGAUGAAAAUAAUGAGAGAUGAAGAAAUAAGAUUCGCUAAAAAAUAGAGACACAUUUUUCAAGCAGACUGCAUAUAUAAAUCAUUCGGCUUUUAUUCA